GGCUUCCGGAUCGGACUGUUCCCAGCGGUGGCAGCGGCUGCGCCUGAGGCGAGAGGCGGGAGCCGAGCCGAGGCCAGGGCAGGCCGCGUACCAUGGACGUCUCGGGCCAGGAGAGCGACUGGCGCAGCGCCUCCUUCCGCCAGAAGCUGGUCAGUCAAAUUGAAGACGCCAUGAGGAAGGCUGGAGUAGCCCACAGCAAAUCCAGCAAGGACAUGGAAAGCCAUGUGUUCUUGAAGGCCAAAACCCGGGACGAAUAUCUUUCCCUUGUGGCCAGGCUCAUUAUCCAUUUCCGAGACAUUCAUAACAAGAAAUCUCAGGCUUCUGUUAGCGAUCCUAUGAAUGCCCUACAGAACCUCACAGGUGGACCCCCAACUGGAACGACUGGAAUUGGGAUGGCGUCUCGGGGCCCAGGCCAAUCACUGGGCGGGAUAAGUGGGCUUGGAGGAGUGGGCCAGCCAAUGGCCCUCUCAGGACAACCACCACCUGGCACUUCAGCAAUGCCCCCUCAUGCCCAGCUCCAGCUGCAACAGGUGGCUCUGCAGCAGCAGCAGCAGCAGCAGCAGCAGCAGUUCCAGACCCAGCAGCAGGUGGCUCUGCAGCAGCAGCAGCAGCAGCAGCAGCAGCAGCAGCAGUUCCAGGCCCAGCAGAGUGCUAUGCAGCAGCAGCAGCAGCAGUUCCAGGUGGCCGUGCAGCAGCAGCAGCAGCUGCAAGUAGCUGUGCAGCAGCAGCAAGUAGCUGUGCAGCAGCAGCAGCAGCAGCAGCAGCAGCACCUGCUGAAAUUCCACCAUCAGAGCCAGCAGCAGCAGCAGCAGCUGCGAAUUGCCCAGCUCCAGCUCCAGCAGCAGCAGCAGGCCAUGCAGCCCCAGCAGCCGCCCCAGCAGCCACCGUCUCAGGCGCCGCCGACCUCCCAAGCCAUGCAGCAGCAGCUCCAGCAGCUGCACCACCAUCCGCCGCCGCCGCAGACGCAGGUACCGCCGCCCCAGCAGCAGCAGGCGGCUCAGAACCAGCAGCCCCAGCUCCCGCCUCAGGCGCAGCCAGCGCAGCCUCUGGUCCCUCCAGCCCAGUCGCUCUCCGGGCAGAUGAUGCUUACCCCACAGCAGCUCAAAGUGAUGCAGGUCCGAGCCCAGAUGGUCGUGCAGCAGCAGCAGCAGCAGCAGCAGCAGCAGCAGCAGCAGCAGCAGCAGGUGGCUGCGGCCCAGGCAGCCCAAGUCGCUCAGAUGGCCGCCGCUGCAGCGGCAGCUGCCGCCGCCGCCGCAGGGGGACAGGUCAGCCAGAGCAGCAUGACCAUGAUGUCUUCACCAUCCCCUGUCCAGCAAGCCCAGACCCCCCAGGCGAUGCCACCUCCCCCACAGCCAUCUCCUCAGCCUGGCCAGCCUUCCUCGCAGCCCAACUCCAACGUGAGUUCUGGUCCGGCUCCAUCUCCCAGCAGCUUCCUGCCCAGCCCCUCUCCACAGCCUUCUCAGAGUCCAGCUUCUGCCCGAACUCCGCAGACCUUCAGUGUUCCAUCCCCCGGGCCACUCAACACCCCUGUGAACCCCAGCUCAGUCCUAAGUCCAGCCAGCUCCAGCCAGGCUGAGGAGCAACAGUACCUGGAAAAGCUGAAGCAGCUGUCCAAAUACAUUGAACCCCUCCGACGCAUGAUCAACAAAAUUGACAAGAACGAAGAACGGAAGAAGGACCUCAGUAAGAUGAAGAGCUUGUUAGACAUUCUUACAGACCCAUCCAAGCGGUGUCCCUUGAAAACACUCCAAAAAUGUGAGAUUGCUCUGGAGAAACUAAAGAAUGACAUGGCUGUGCCCACCCCUCCACCACCUCCUGUGCCGCCCACCAAGCAGCAGUACCUGUGCCAACCCCUCUUGGACGCCGUUCUUGCCAACAUCCGCUCCCCGGUCUUCAACCAUUCCCUGUACCGCACCUUUGUACCAGCCAUGGAGGCCAUCCACGGCCCUCCCAUCACAGCUCCGGUCAUCUCCCCUCGGAAACGUAAAUACGAAGAUGAUGAAAAGCAGACAAUCCCAAAUGUGUUACAAGGAGAAGUGGCCCGGCUGAAUCCGAAAUUCUUGGUGAACCUGAACCCCUCCCAUUGCAGUAACAACGGCACCGUGCAUCUCAUCUGUAAGCUGGAUGACAAGAACCUUCCCAGCGUCCCGCCACUAGAGCUCAGUGUUCCCGCAGACUACCCGGCCCAGAGCCCUCUAUGGAUAGACAAGCACUGGCAAUAUGAAGCCAACCCCUUCCUCCAGUCUGUGCAUCAGUACAUGACUUCCAAGCUGCUUCAGCUCCCCGACAAGCAUUCGGUCACCGCUCUUCUCAACACGUGGGCGCAGAGUAUCCGGCAGGCCUGCCUCUCGGCUGCGUAGCCCCCUCCCCUCCAGCCGGGCCGAACCUUGGUGUGAGAGGAGCCUGGUGGUGGCAGCGGCUGGUGGCGCUCCCCAGAGAGCCCAGGCUAUAGGUUGAGCUUCCCCUCCUCUCCUCCUUCCACCCUUGUACUGCUUGCCUGGCAUCUUGAAUCAUUUCUGCAGGCUACGUAAUGGUUUGUGAACGGCUAAUCUUAGGGAGACUUGAUUGGUCACCUUGUAGAUCCCAGCCCGGGAGUCACUCUUCCAGAGAGACGGGCCCCCUGCCUUGUCUCAGCCUCACUGCUGCUCUCCCUCUGUGAUGUAGUCCCCCUGCUGAAAUCCACUGCGGCACCUGGCCCCAACCUCCUCUCUGGCUACCACAUCCCUCCUUGUUAAGGGGAGCUCUCAGGGCCGGGAUGGCUCUUCUUCCACGCUAGAUUACAAAUGCAAGUGGCCAUAGUGGAGAAAGUCAAGAACAUAGGAAGCUUCUUUUUUGUUUAAUUCUUUUCUGAGUUCAAUUUGGGUUCAUACAGACCCACGUCAUCACCUUUGUUUGUGGAACAUGGAGGCAGCUUAAAAAAUAAAUUCCGAGGGGUCCUCUGUGAGCUCUGACACAGAGCCAGACAUCCAGAGAUCCAGCCUCCCUCCUCGGCUUUGUAGUCAUGGUGCCAAGGCCUGGUUGGCUUGCUUCCUGCUCCACUCCACCCAGCACAGCCAGGGAGCCUCCCUAGCCAUGUGGCCUGGACCGCCAACUCCCCUAUGGCCCUGGGUCGUCACUAGCCUCCCCCUUUCUUGGGCCCUGUUGUGAGGUCUCGUGAUGAGAUGACUCCUGGAGAGUCAAAGGUGAUCACCUUGUAGUCAAUCCCUAGCUGUCUGUCUGAGUCGAUUUAUGACUCUUCAUUCAUUCCUGGGCUUUUGAUGACCAAAGGUUCUGGUGGUCACUGGCUUCCCCUGGGGUGUAGAGAUGGAGCUCAGGACUGGGAAUUGGAAGCAUGGAGGGCUGGGAGCCAGGCUUCUCAACCAUGGAAGAAGCAGCCCCCUUCCCCUGGACUAAGCUGUAGGAUCCCUGGGCACUGGUCCCUCCCUCGAGGCUGCCAUUUUGGCUCUUUGGCAGCCCCCGUGGUGGAGAGUGGGGGCAACAUUUUGUACACAUACUUAUACGUUAUUUGUCGUUUGGAUUAUUAUAAUAAAUUUAUUCCUGUGUUUGA